AUGGCAGUUUUCGGCAGCAACCGUCCUUGGCUAAUUAUCUUUGCCUUUGUCAUCGGUCUAGUGCUGGUGACAAUUGCAAAUGGCGAGAACAUUUUCCUGGAGUGGCACGUCGCAAUCGACUCGAGUAUCCGGCCAGCUUUUGCAGACCAGCCAGUUAUUACCAUCAAUGGGAUGUUUCCAGGGCCUCUUAUCAAUGCCACAACCAACGAUCUUGUUCAGGUCAAUGUGUUUAACGACAUGGAUGAACCUCUACUUUUUACUUGGAAUGGCAUACAACAGAGACUAAACUCAUGGCAAGAUGGAGUUUCAGGAACAAAUUGUGCAAUUCAACCUGGAACAAAUUGGACUUAUGUGUUUCAAACGAAGGAUCAAAUUGGGAGCUUCUUUUACUUCCCCUCUCUCAAUUUCCAAAAAGCUGGAGGAGGGUAUGGCCCAUUUCGGGUUAACAAUCGCAUUGUCAUCCCUGUACCUUUCCCUAAACCUGAGGCCGAAUUUGAUCUUCUCAUUGGUGAUUGGUACAACAAAAGUUACAAGGAAAUUAAGUCUAUGAUGAACAAUGAGCUUUGGGCUUACCAAAACCUACCAAAUGUGAUGCUAAUGAAUGGAAAAGGCUCUUAUUUGGAUCCGAACGCGACACAGCACGAGUCUUUCACCGUCACAAAUGGAAAAACUUAUCGAUUCAGGAUAUUGAACGUGGGGACAGCGUGGAGUUUCAAUUUCCAGAUUCAAAAUCAUCGAAUGGUUUUGGUUGAAACAGAAGGAUCAUACACUGAAAAAAUUACCUUGGAUUCUCUCGACGUGCACGUUGGCCAGUCUUACUCUGUUCUUGUUACAGCAGAUCAAGAUCCGGCUGAUUAUUACAUCGUGGCUAGUCCGAAAAUGUCCAAUGCCACUGGAAAUAACAGUCUUAUUGGUGUAGCAGUUCUUCAUUAUGAUACUUCCACCACUCCUGCAACUGGCCUUCUCCCAGGAAAGCCUGAUCCGUUUGAUAUAAAUUUCUCACGGGAUCAAGCUAAGUCCAUCAGGUGGAACCUGACCACAGGAGCUGCAAGGCCAAAUCCCCAGGGAACCUUCAAUGUAUCAAAUGUGACACUAUCUCAGAGUUUUCUUCUCCGGGGCUCUAGCUCUUUUAUUGAUGGUGCGCCUUUCUACACCGUCAACAAUGUCUCCUAUCUUACACCAGACACUCCAUUAAAACUAGCUGAUCAAUUUGCCAAUGGCUCUGGAGUUUAUGAACUCGACAAAUUCCCCGUUAACUCCUCCAUUCUCGAUCCUGUUCGUGGGGUUUUUGUCGCCUCCGGAAUCCACAAAGGGUGGAUAGAAAUUGUGUUCCAGAAUAAAUUACAAGUGAUUGAUUCCUGGCACUUGGAUGGUUUUGGAUUUUAUGUGGUCGGCUUUGGGGAUGGAGAAUGGAGACCUGAAUUUCGUUCUAGUUACAAUACUUAUAAUCCUGUGGUUCGAUCCACCGCUCAGGUUUAUCCUGGAGGAUGGACUGCCGUUUAUGCGUUUCUCGACAAUCCUGGAAUGUGGAACUUGAGAUCACAACUCCUGAAAAAUUGGUAUCUGGGUCAAGAACUCUACUUGAGAGUUUAUGAUCCUGAUCCUAACCCAGCCAAAGAACGGCUUCCUCCAGAAAAUCUCAUUUACUGUGGAAAAUUUCAACCUCCAGCCGGACCACCUGGACCAUCUGCAGGUCCUCCACCCAAAGCUUCACCUCCUGGAAAUAGUGCACCACCUCAACAAAAAUUAUGGUUUCUUCAUAUAUUGGCCGUCUACAUUGUUACAGUUCUGCUCAUUGGUUGGCGGAUGAGUUUCCAAAAAGGAACUCAUCUUGUUGUAAAUUGUUUAGACUAUGUGCAUGCAGACCUUUGGGGUCCAGAAAGUGUCAAGUCACAUGGAGGGAACACAUAUUUCCUCUCUAUUGUAGACGAUUAUAGCAGGAAGGUGGAGCCAGCAAGCUUGGUUGAGCACCUUGAACAACCAGAAGCUGCUAAACUAGAAAAUUACCCACUGCCUAACAAUGAGGACCAAGAUGAAGAAGGGGAAUUGUCUGAAAACAUUGAAGAAGCCCAAAAUGACAACUUGGCAGAAUAUCAGAUAGCAAGAGAUAGAGUUAGGAGGGAGAUAAGGCCCCCUACCAGGUUCAGCUAUGCUGACCUAAUCUACACAGCCUUGGUUGUUAGUGCAGAGAUCCAAAACGUUGAGCCUGAAACCUAUGAAGAAGCCAUGAGUUCUAGAGACAGAGAUAAAUGGCUUUCAGCCAUCAAGGAAGAAAUGAAGUCUUUGAAGCUGAAUAAGACAUGGUCCUUGGUCCCAAAACAAACUGACUAG